GAUUUCGUCAGGUUUUAACAAUCAAUUUGAUACAUUUCUUUCUCUAUGGGAAUAUAUUUAAAUGGUAGGAGAUUCACGUACCAAAAAAUGAAACAUUCUUUGUCGCCGAAAUGGAUGCAAAAAUCCCUCAUUGCAUUCCUUCUACUUUGUGUUGGAGUUUUCUGCCAAUCAGACGAGACAACAUCUUCGUGGGCCAAACUCCAAAUUUCACCCAGCGAACUCUGUUCUAUGCCCCACGGCAGUUUCCGAAUCAACAUUUACGAACACGCAAACAAUCACAAGGCAACAACGACAAAUGCAAGUGACAAAAAAUAUUUUUACGCGCCCAUCGCCUUGCUGGACCACCAAAGCGCAGCGAGUUUCUACAACAACGUCACAAAACAACCCGAGGUUCGUUUCCGCGUUGAAAUGUGGAACCUAAAAGUCGAGAGCAAAGUCGUCAAUUAUUUGACAAAAUUUCUCCGUCAGCCAAUCGAUCCUCAUCAGGUUCAAGUCAUCCCAUUCGAUAAAGUGAUCCUGGCAAGCACGACACCGUCCACCACCUUUUCACUAAAAUCAAAUUGGCUACCGUAUCAACUGGACGAGUCGCUCCAGUUGACACUUUCCUGUUUCCACCAACGAGAUUGCAACCAACUGGCGGCCGCCAUGCGGACCAACCCCAAACAAUUCAACGACUUUAAACUCCUUUUCAGUUUGUCUUCGCAGACGUCGCAAACCAAACAGACGGUCAUCCGCAUCGACAACAUCGUCUCCGGACAAAUGAUGGCGCAAAUGUUGCAGAAAUUCAACGAAAAUACAAAAGAAGCUCUGCUAACGGCCACCGAUGAGAAGAAACUGCUGACGGAAUCGAUGACCAACGUCUUGGUCGACACGUUCGACGACUCCGACGUCGUUUCCCAAAAUUCAGAGUCGCAAAUCUACAACAUGUUGAAGAAUUUGCUCGUCUCGUCCAGGACGACCAUCAAAGAGCAAAGCGACAAAAUGUGGGACUCGGUUUUCUGGAACGACGACAACUACCGACCGGACAAGACCACGAAAACUAUGAACGACAUUUACGACAAAUUGGACAAGGAAGACCAGAAAAAGUUGAUUGACACGUUCCAAAAUACCAACACAUUUGAGUUCGGCGCAGGGGGUAGUGUCCUGGGCAUCGCUUCGUUCCAUACAAAAUUCAAAACUGAAAUUUCACGUCACGGUUCGACAACGAAGGAAGACAUCAACAAAUUUCUCCAGGAAAGUAAAAAUCACGGCGAAUGGGAGGGAGAGAAAUUUGUUCCCAAACCGCUGGCCCUCAGCAGAGUCAAUUUGGCAAAACUGCGGGACACGCAAUCCUUCCAGGAUCGCAAAGUGAGCGUCCGCUAUUCGACCGCCGUCCUGUCAACUCCCAUCCAUUUCAUUCAAAACUCUGACCUGACAGCCACGGAUGAAUGGCAAGAGUUGAAAGACGAAUUAAAAGAAACACAAAAUCGUUUAUCAUCCGCUUUGAAACUUAUCAAAAAAUCGGAAAAGCAGCAAAACGACACGAACGUAACUGUUUACAAUUUAAUCAACGAUGUAAAUGCCAGUAACGUUGAUAUGUUACAUUUAGUAAAUGAGAGAACGAGCGCCAUUGUGGACAUUGGUAAAAUGCCCUCAUCCUGUGCCGACCUCCGAGAAAUCGGACACAUUAAAAGCGGAUUCUAUUCCAUCAUGGGAAAAAGCAACAUGGAAACUGUUCACUGCAACUUCGCAAAGCAACACCACGAUCCGGAUUUCCAGAAAGUGAUCGGCUACGUCAACGUUAAAUCAGGGCCCGUUUACUUCCACGCUCAAUCGACGACCCAUUUUCGAAGUGUCAACAAGGAAAUUCCCUUUGACCUGAUCAGAAUGAAUGUGGGCAAUGCCAUUAGUUCCAGUGGAUUAUUCGUAGCUCCUAGAUCGGGAAAAUAUUUCUUUGCAUUUACGGGAGUGAGUGAUAGGGUUGAUGAUGCUCGAGUUGAUAUGCAAAUGAAGACUGAUGCUACAUCGAAUUGGAUAAAAAUAGGGCAGGUCUAUGGUCAAAAGAAUUUCCAAACAUUGACACUCCAGUACAUUUUGCAACUUGGUAGCAACGACCAAAUUCGAUUGAUAUUAAAGGGAGGAAUGUUGCACAGUAAUAAACCCGAAACAUCUUAUGGCCCGUUUACAAGUUUUGCUGGUUGGCUUAUGGAAGAAGACAUCUUUUAAACAAGGCUACCUACAAAAUUCAUGUGAGAAAAAACAAAAACAAUUUGGUACGAAAAGAUUCCCAAAAUGAUCCAUUUCUUGAAAUUUACAAAUUGAAAUCCACACUCGCGAAUCUUGUUUGAGAUUUUCAAAGUUUAAACAAAUAAUCCGAUCCCAUCCCAUGAAAUAAAUUGUUAUCGAUUAA